AUGGUGCAUAAGGAAAUGGUGGGGAAGGAAGAUAUUUGUUAUUGUUGUACAUUGGUAUCUAUGGCAUUGAUCUCUCCAUUGGUGGUUGUGGUAGUUGCAUUGCUGGACGCUGGUACCAGUUUGGCAUUGGUGUAUGAUACAAUGAUGGAAUCAGCUACCAGAGAUUUGGACAUCAAAGGAAGAAGGAAUGUUAAUAAUGACAAACAAAUAAAGCCAAGUAACAGUGGUAAAAAAGAUGAAUCUGCUAAACAGUCCAAUAAAAUAGUACUGAUUGGCGACUCAUUAUUAAAACAUAUUAAUGAAGAACAAUUAUCUAGAAAUCGAGUAGAGAAAGUACGCUCAUCAACCUUAGCUGAUGCAACUAACCACAUCAAUGCAAUGUCAUUAAAAGAUGUUGAUAAAAUAAUACUCCAUGUUGGUAGCAAUGACAUUGCUAACAAUAGAAAAAGUGAGGAUGUUGCUGAAGAUAUUAUGAACUUGGCUCAACAAACUAAGUCUAACAUGAAACCAGCCAAUAAAAUCAUCAUAUCAGGUAUACUACCUAGAGGUAAUACUGACAUGAAUAAGAAGAUAAAAGAAGUUAACCUCAAAGUUAAGUCAUAUGUAGACAACCAAGAUGGUAUAGUGUUUGUUGACCACAAGAAACUAUAUGGUGCUAAGAAAUAUUACCAUGUGGACAAUGUGCACCUCAAUGAUAUUGGCACUGAAGUACUUGCAUCUAAUAUAAUAAAUGCAAUGAGAAAUAAACCAAGAGCAGAAAACAGACUCUCAAGUGAUAGACAACAAAGAUAUAAUACAAAGAGACAAAUAACUCAAAACUGUAGCACCGGUAGUACUAGCCACCAUAACAACAACAAAAGACAAACAACCAGAAAUACACUCGACAACAGCCAUAAGGACAAUAAAGAAAUGGAAAUUACCCGAACAGAAAUGACUGGGCACGAACAGCGUGCGAUGUAA